ACGGGAAGACGAGAGAAACGGACUGAUUUCCUCCACUAUGGAUGGGAAUAUCUACGAUGAGUUUGGGGAGGCCAUUGACAGAAGGCUUGGAGGAGUGAGGGUUGAAGCCCAACGAAGAGCGGCAGCUGGGCCGCCACCCCCUGCCAUGUUCAGGCUAUGGCAGAAAAAGGAGGAACCACCGAUUGGGGUGGAAGAAGUAGGAAGCGAUGAGGAAGUGACUCAAGGGCUACGAGGAGGAAGUGAGACGGAAGAGGCCAUAAUCAUCGAGUCAAAUGACGAGGAUGAGGAGGAAAGAACGAAACCUCUGUCCGUCUUAUUUGAGAAGAUGGAGGACUUGCUGGAUAAGAUGGGGAGGUACCAACAAAAGUUGGUGGGCCUCUGUGAGGAAGUGAAGGGACUGAGGUCUAACAUCCCCACAAUAUUCCUCUAUGACUCCGGCCCGGAGUCAGUGCCUGGGCGACCCGGAGUAAAUGUGGUGGGGUCGUGCCCACAAUCGGGAAUGAGGGGGAGACCGCUCACUCCGCAGGCCCGGCUGGCACAGGUAGCGCGAACGAGGAAUCAAGCCAAGGCCAGUGAAAGCCAAGAGCCUCCAAGGAGGGAACCCGAACCAGGGAGAAGGAAAGAGGUUGUGGAAGUAGGGAACGACGAUGAUGAAAAGGAAGAGGACGAGAGGCUGCGCAAAGAAGAGGAUCAGAGAGCGGAGCAGCGGACAAGGAAAAAGGGAACCAGGGGAGAGGCUGAACCGGUCAUACAUGACGGACCGCCCAAAAAGAAGAAAUAUGCGGUCCGGUUGGAAGAGGGAUUUGAUGUAGAGAAGGUGAUUGACCGGCUGCUGGAAGGGCAUAAUUACCUCAUGACCCUGAAGGAAAUCCUAGCAUCAGCCCCGCGACUCCGCGAUGAACUGAAGGGGAGGUUAUCACGGCGCCUGGUGCCCAAUGUCCAUCUGGGUACGAUCCUGCCCAAGGAGGCAGAGUGGGCAGAGUCAGGUACGAAAAUGGACUGGAAGUGUGCAACAUGCGGUCCGGUGGAUUUGAUGGUGAAGGGUUCCAAGUGCGCAGCAAUGGUGGACACCGGGGCAAAGAUGAACAUUAUUCGGGAGGCGGACGCGAUCAAAUUCGGGCUGGAUAUAGACCGUUCUGACUGCGGUAUUCUGCAUGGAGCCAGCUGUAAGGCCGUGUUUUGUGGGACAGCCUCGAAUGUGCUCGUCGAGGUUGGAAAGGUGAAGGCCAGGGCAUGCUUCUUCAUAAUGCCGGAUGUGGACCAUGGAAUCCUCCUGGGAAGGCCAUUCCUAAGCAGGACAGAGACCGUGAUGUUCAACAAACAUGAUGGGACGUUGAUCCUCCUCUUAUGCGAUCCUGCCUGCGGGAAUUAUGAAAUAAUUACUUGCAGGAACACCGGGCCAAGGAGUAUAAGGAACUGGUCCAAUCCAGGAUCAUUCACAAUCGAGGAGUCGGAAGGGGAGCGCAGGAGGCUCUGGGCAGAGCCCGAAGCAGGAGAGAGGGUGAAAGCAUUUUCCCUCAGCCUGUCAGAUGUUGGGAAGGCCAUGGACCUGGUGGCCGCGCAUGAGAUGGCAAAUCCGGAUGCCAUCCAGGCCUUGAGGGAGCAAGUUCUGGAAUGCCCUGAGGCAGGAAGGUUGGAAUUGGUAUAUCGGCUCCCAGGCAGCGGAGGGAACCCCGCAUCAGCGCAAACACAAUCCGAGCGAACGUUGAUGGUGGAAUUAAUGAAGAGGAAGCAUUGCGCCUAUGUGUUUAGUGAUGAGGAGCGUGGCAGGCUGGAUGUGGACAAGAUACCUAUGAUCCGCAUCCACACCAUGCCACAUGAGCCUUGGAACAUGAGAGGGGCGCAAUAUCCCAAUCCUGACGAGGAAAGGAAGGUGGUGGAUUACCUCGACGACAAGAUACGUACUCACAUCGCCGACUAUUCAAGUGGACCGUAUGCGUCCCCGUGGUUCUGCUUUAUUAAGCCUAACGGGACGCUGUGGGUCUUCGUCAAGAACUUUGCCGCUAAGACUGAACACCUGAGGAAGUUAGUCCGUCAGGAUCAGGAAUGGGUAUGGGGUGAGGAACAAGAAGAGGUGGUGACAAAAAUGAAGGAGGAAUUUCGAGAAGGAGGGUUGGUGUUAGGAGCGCCAGAUUAUGACGCCACAGAGACGCGACCCUUCAUUGUCGAAACGGAUGCGGGACCGACUGCCUUAGGGGGAGUUCUAAUUCAGGCAGACAUGGAAGGAAAGGAAAGACCCUUGCGAUUUGAAAGCCGGAUUCUCUGUACGACGGAGAGGAACUACUCUCAGUUCAAGAGGGAGACCCUUGCUGUCCUCCACUGUCUGCGAAUCUUCCGGAACUAUAUCUUCGGCAUGAGGUUUAUUUUGAGAGUGGAUCCGACCGCCCUGGCCUACUCUCUAAGGAAUUACGUUCCAUCGGAUCCGACGGUUGCCACAUGGCUGACGUAUAUCUGGAUGUUCAAUUUCGAAUUGGAACGCAUUCCUGGUAGUAAGAACCGGGCGGACGGGCUGAGUCGGAUCAACUGGGAUAAACAGGAAGGGGAGGCGGUGGAGAAUACGCCCCCAGUUGAUGGAUUUCUGGAUCAGGAAGAAGAUGUUCGUCUUCAUAUCAACAAGUGGUCGCCRCGAGUGCSCAGCUGUGUAGRCUAUCCUAUCUGGCAAGCRCCGAAGGGRUAUGAAAGGAGGAAUGAGCUAGUCCUUAAGCCCUUUGAGGAAGAAGAUCCCUGGGGCGGUAAGGAUGUUCAGUGGAUGAUGGAGCUAGCGCUGACCAGCUCGCAUAGCCUAGUGGAGGACAUGAGAACGAUUGAGGAAGGACCUGGCCAGGUAGAAUGGCAUGAGGACCUGAUGGGAGGAAUGUAUCUCCUCGUCAACACGUUAUUGCAGGAAGGCCUUGACCAGUCAGGCUCGUUGAACCCGACAGGAAAUGUGGACGAAGUGUCCGGGAGCCAGGACGACGAGUUCGAGGAGGGGGAGAUUAAGGAGGCUUUUCGUGCAGAGGAGUACGACGGGAUCUACCUAGAACUGGGGUUUCUUCUGUCAUGUGAAAUGCGGCUAAGGGAUGCAAGCGAUAGGGCUCAGAGGAUGCUGCAGCGCUACUUAGCAGAGGGGAGAUUGCGGAGAGAGGAGGCCCCACUUCCUUCAUCAGAGAGGGCUCCAUCACCAGAGGGGAGAGCCGACAGGAGGAGAGAAAGGGCAGCUGUAAGGAGGGAAGCCUUGACCCUGAUUGAUAGGAACCUAGCAGCUUAUGCCCUGGAGCAUCCAGACCUGGAGGAGCCAGCACCUGCAGAGCCGCGCCAGGAGCUGUACCAACCCGAGAAGGAGAUGGAAGCAGAGAUCCCGAAGAGGGUCGACCUCCGCACGAGGGAAAGGGCGCCAGCUGGAGAGACGGCUGAAGAAAAGAGGGCGAGAAGAACCAGACAGAUAGAUGAGAUAUGGCAGGAGAGACAGAGGUUGGAGGCAGCGGGGGAGCUUCCGGAGCAGCAACAGGAGAGGCAGAGAUCGGAGGCAGCAGGAGCACUCCCAGCUAUCAUUGAGAGCCUGAGGCAGCAAACCCAAGAAAAAGUGGAUAAGUCAGAGAGCAGCAGACAGGGAGAGCAGAGACAGCCAGGACAAGUUUUGCCAGGACAACCAUCUGCGGCAGGGCCUCGCCAAGAGCCACCUAUGGGGAGAGUUAUCCUGGAGCCAAAGGAGGCGAGAGCCCAGAGACAGGCAGAGAGAGAGGCGUUCGAGUUUAGAGCCCCUACUGAGCUCGCGACGCUGCCAGUGGCAGCGGCAGGCCCAGUCGUACCUUUGGCGAUUGAGGAGGGGCUACCGCCAUCUAGCAGUGAGCCGGCUCAGGGGUCAGCAGAGGGAUCCAUGGGCGUACUCCUUGAGGCAGUGCAUACCAUGCAGGAAGAGGCGAAUUUGUUUUCACCCGAGCAGAGGAUAGAGGAGCCGCUUGAGGGAGAGAUGGGGAUUAAGGCGGAGGGUGCUAUCGAGAGCAGGCUCCAGAGGAUGGGCACACCUGAGUAUGGACCAAAGGAGAUUGAGGAGCAGCCCACGACAGUGCUAGGAGAGACACUCGAGAGGAGACCUCAGAGGUUGGACACGCCUGAGUACGUCCCAACGAAAGGGGAUUUGAAGAGCAGACUGGGAUCUUGGGCUACUGGAUCUGGGUGUGGGGGACCAGUUCCUGGGACAGAGCAGCAGGAGGUCGUUAGUACCGCAGCCCCUCGAUCAGAGCAGCAGGAGGUUGUCAGUACCUUGGUAGGAUCUCCUUCAUCGUCACCUCCUCAGCCCAGGAAUAAGAAGUUCAAGAGGAAGGUAGAUCAGCUAUGUUUCUACUGCAAGAGGGGCGUGCAUCAUGCUCUGGACUGUCUCGAGUUUCUUGAGGAUAAGGCACCAGGGAAGGUCUCAGAGGUAGGAGGUAAGAUGUAUGAUAGACAGGGUAGGAUAGUAGAGAAGUCUGCAGAUGGACUUAGGGCUCAGUUAUAUAGGCAAAACCAGGAGGAGUUGAGGAGAUAGUGCCGGUUUGUUUAUGUAAGUGGGCGAGUAUCUUGUGAGGCAUCAGCUUAGGGUUUGUGUGAUACCCUCUUAGACUUAGAGGA